AACGUUACAACCACCGGCGUAGUAGCCUUCAGAGUUUAUACGCAGAAAAAUCCAGUUUCCAGCAGAAUCUCCGGCAGCAGAAUCCAUGGAAGCCGCUUCCUCUGCAAUUCUGAACACUCUUCCCGCUACUACUACUUCUGCUAAGCUCUACAGAAUUCAUAGGAAAAAUUUUGUGUCGCUGUCUUAUCUCCCUCUUAUAACGCCAAGAACUCCCGCUCUUCGGAGCCGCAGGGUGUGCUUCAGCGCCUCCACCUCCUUCUCCAGUAACACUCAAGAAAACCCAUGCCAGGAGAUUGCUCUUCUUCUUGAAGUUGAAGGGGUCCUGAUGGAUAUCUAUCGCUUUGGCAAUCGGCAAGCAUUCAAUGUAGCAUUUCAGAAGCUUGGAUUGGACUGUGCAAGUUGGACUCAACCAGUUUAUCAGGAUCUUGUAAAGAAGAGCAUUGGUGAUGAGGAGAGGAUGUUGAUCUUAUAUUUUAACAGGAUUGGCUGGCCAACAUCGCUACCUACAAACGAGAAGGAAGCAUUUUUGAAAAGAGUUCUCCGUGAAAAGAAAAAUGCACUGGAUGAUCUUGUUAUAUCAAAAACAUUACCUUUAAGGCCAGGGGUCGAAACUUUUAUUGAUGAGGCACUUGAAGAAAGUAUACCUGUGGUUAUGCUAACGGCCUAUAGUAAACGAGGGGAUAAGGUCGCAAGAUCCAUCGUCGAAAAGCUUGGGAGUGAUCGAAUGUCAAAGAUGAAGAUAAUUGGGGAUGAAGAGGUAAAGCGAAGUUUUUAUGGCCAACUUGUACUUGGUAAAGGAGUGUCUUCUGAUCUCGGUGAGCUAUUGGCUAAAGAAGCAAAUAAAGCAGUUUCUGCCGAGGAGCAGAAAAUUGCAAAGGAGGUAGCUUCGAUGCUGAAGUUGAGUGUUGAUAUUGAUACGACUUCAACUGAAAGCUUUGAAAAUAUUGUCGCUGCAUUGCGGGCAGGGGCAGAAUAUGCUGACACGCCUGUCGACAAGUGCAUUCUUGUUGCGGGAAGUCUAUCUGGGGUUACUGCCGCUGAGCGAAUUGGCAUGCCUCGCGUUGUUGUUCGGAGCAGCGUGACAGCUAGAGCGGAGUUCACUGGCGCAAAUGCAGUAAUGGAUGGCUUUGGCGGCGCCGAUCUGACAAUUUCCAGGUUACGCCAAAUCCAGAAGUCGUAAUUGUUUCUCAGAAGGUAUUCUUCGAGUCUAAAUAAAAGGAUUCAUUGAAUUGUAAAAUAGGAACAUGUUAAUGGUGCAGCCAUGUACACUAGUGUAUUUAGCCUUUGGCACUUCUGCAACCAUCAACACUUAUACUUGUUUCAUUUACCAGUGAACAUGUACUGUGCGAAUAUCAUAUAUAGUUGUACUUUUUUGGGUGACCGACUCAAACUAAAAAGGCUAAUAAGCCACUCUCA